AUGUCGCCGCAGAGCUCGCGGCGGCAUACUGUGCAGGAUGUGAAGCAAAGGCUCCUCGAGACCGGAUUGAGGCAGGACGAGGUUGAUGUUGCUUUGCUGCGAGUGGCAGCAUCAAUGAUACAGGAUGCCGGUGUGUCCGCCCAGGCAGCCCAAGCGCUGAGAAGGGCGAGUACGUCCGAGCAGUCUCAGGACAUGGGCCUCAUGGAUGCGUCCGAGAUCCUGAACUGCAUCGAGGAGCAGGCUGGUGUCCUGCCAAAGAUUACGGUCCCGGCCGGCAGCCAAAACAGGCAAGGCAAAGCCUUUGCCACCUGGAUGGAGCGAUGUGAAGCACUCCUCGAAGAACAAGAUGAGGCCAACUACCUGGCCAAGAAGCAGUUGGCGGCUCAAGUCAGAGCGUACUUGGCAAAUUGUGCCGAGACGCACGAGAAGGAGCAACUCUUCAUGCGACGUAGAGUGGGCGAGAUGCUUGGCGACGAGCUCGGGAGGUUCGAGGAUCGAGCACCAUCAAAGUUCAGCACGAUUACUACGCCAAAGUCGCGAUUCGGAGAAGAAGACGAGGAAGAUGAAGAAGACGAGGAGUUGCAAAUCGAGGACUCCUGGAACUCUGCCAUCGUAAGAGCAAAAAGCGUGAAGCCAGCGGUCAAGAAAGAAAGAGCAGAAGGGCUCGACAUGACGGCUGACGAGUUGUUCCAGAAGCUCUUGGCACGCAGAUCUCGCAUGCCGAUUUCGAAGAGGUACGUCCACAGAUGUCUGGACAAGUUUGUGAAGGCUUGGACAGACAAGUAUGGCAGGUAUACCUCCCUGCUACCUGAUGUGGAAGUUCCUUUUGGGGGGCAGACCAUUGUGGUAGGCGACACCCAUGGGCAGCUGGAAGAUGUCCUCACUAUAUUUCUUGCACAUGGCACACCCUCCAAUCGAAACAGGUAUGUCUUCAAUGGUGACAUUGCAGACAGAGGCCCAAAUGCCUGCGAGAUAUUUCUUCUUCUCUUUGCUUUCUUCAUCGAAGAUCCGGACAGCUUGGUUAUCAUCCGGGGCAAUCACGAGGACGAAGAGAUGAACAAGCUUCCCAGUGAAGAAGGUGGUGGUUUCCAUGAUGAGGUUUUGCAAAAAUAUACCGGCGGUGUUUUCAUGAAGUUCGAAGCUAUUUACAAGAUGCUGCCGCUGGCUGCAGUCGUGCAACAGGAACUCUUCGUCGUGCAUGGGGGCUUGGCGCGCAAUGCGAAGUCCAACCUGACUCUUCCUUUUGUGCGCGACAUUGAUGCUGGAGUCGUCAGUUGCCCACAUGGAGGCUGUUAUCCACUGUGCCUGGAGGAACAGGUCUUUCAGGAUCUCCUAUGGUCCGAUCCGCAGGAGAAACUGGGAUGGGAGGCCAACCCCCGGGGUGCUGGGAUCAAGUGGGGUCCUGAUCUCACUGCGGCCUUUCUGAAGCGAACAGGCUUGAAAUGGAUCAUUCGAUCACAUCAGCUUCCCGAGGAAAAGCGUGGCUUCAGCACGCACCAUCUCGGUCUCGUCUACACCCUCUUCAGCGCCAGCAACUACUGUGGCACUUCAGGAAACAAGGGUGCAGUCUGCUUGCUGGAGCUCCGGCCCAGCAGCAACGUCAGCAGUGAGGACGGCUGUUGCCUGGCUGCUCGGUUCGAGGAGCACUACGCUCCAGCACUGGAACAGGGCAAGUUGAAAGAGAUUUCGCAGCUUCCUGACAUCGGAGCCCGCAGAGCGGCAUUGGAGGAAGCAGGGGCUGCCCGUGCGUCGGAGGACAUUCAGAAGGUCGGACAGCGGCAGGAGCGUGCAAUUCUUCAUCGCAUGGCCGGGAAAGUUGUCGAGCUGCGACCAGAGCUUUGGGAGGACUUCCGCAAGUGUGAUGACAAGCGCACGGGCAGCGUAACGUUCUCGUCGUGGUGUGACAUUCUGACAUCCGUUUGUGGCGAGAAUUUUCCCUGGUCCAUGGGUGGCGAGCUGUGGGGCAUCACAGAAGCGGACUCUGAGGAGGCGAAUGCGGAGCAGACAGAUCUGCCCAAAGGAAAACGACGCGUCGAUUAUCGGAGAUUUCUACACCGAUUCGAUGUAGGCGUCAACAAAGAGAAAUGGGUGGGUUGGAAGACCAUUCUCAUGAAGGAUGCUUACGAGGCUUUGUACUGUCGAGAUACUGAUCUGAAAGCUACGUUGGCUUUGUUCGAUCCAGAACACUCUGGCAAAGUCAGUGUGCAAAACUUUUUGAAGGUACUUCAGAGCGAAGUAGAAGUUGAUGAUAGCCCUGGCCAGCGAACAUCUCACGUGCUCAGCACGUCUCAGCUGCAGUCCUUGGCCCAUGGGCUGUUCCCAGCUGAGGAGGAAGAUGACGAUGCCCCACCGGAGCUGGGCGUGCAUGAGUUCUUCGAAAGAUUUACAGUCAUUUACCGACAGGCGAAGGCCAUGACAGGCGAUGACCCCCUUGCCGAGUGGAGGGAUGCGCUGAACCACAUCGGCCAUUUGCUUCUCAAAAGAGACAGGAUGUCCAACCAACCAGGCAUUACCCGAGUGAAAACUGGUGCCAGUGUGCACUCGCGCAAGACCGUUUUUCAGGUACAGCGACUGGCCCACCAGUUCGAGAAAAGCGACGAGUCCGGUGAUGGACUUUUGACAAGGGGCGAGUUGGUGGAUUACCUCAAAGGACUGGAGGGAAUCGAAGACGUCAUGCACAAGGGCCACGCCAUUGGUGACACAGACUUGGAGGAGAUGGUACUGCAACUUGACCAGCUAAGUGGCCGUGAGACUGGCAAGGUCAACUUGUUCAGCUUCCUUGAGGCCUUCAUCGUGGAGAGGCCAUCCGGCCAGGACUUCGACGCGGCUGAGGAAUUCAUGUGCGAGCACAUCCUGAGCUUUUUGUACCGCCACAGACACGCUGUAUGCUGCGGAUGCCACGAGGCGGAUGCGGCGCUCACGGGCCGAAUAAGCUCUGGAGCAUUUGCAGAGGUACUUCGAGGCAUUGACAUCUCAUUGGCGAAGCAGCGUAGAACCUUCAGCGAUGUUCAAAUCGAUGGACUGGCUGAAUCGCUUGGUGAAGAAGAUGGAAGCUUUUCCUACUUCGAGCUGCUGCCUCAGCGUCCAGUUACGAGUCCGAUGAGCAUGCCGAUUAUGCACUACUUGCAUGAAUGGACUGCGGCACGAAGUCCAGAGCAGUCUUGA